UUGCACACAACAAAUCUAAUCCGAAAUCCAACUAAAAUCAUCCAAAAUCACCUUUUUUUUUCACUCUCCGAAUUUUUUUCUAUUAUUGUUCCGGAAGGUGAAAUAAUAGAAAACGAUGCUUUUCACGGAAGUUGAAUUCUCCACCAAAUUUGUCUCUUCGUAUGCAACUCUCUUCUAUUUUUGCAAUUUCUUGUAGAUUUGGCGGAACCUCCAAAGCUACUCUCUAUCUGCCAACUAUAUCCAUAGUGAUCGAGAGAGAGAAGAAAAGCUUGGGAUCUUCUGCGAAGUUCGGCUUCUACAUCAGAAAUCGAAUUUGAACUCUGCGAGAAUUCAUUGUAAAAUUGAAAAGCAUGCAAGCUUCAACGUUCGCUGUCAAGGGAAACUUAGGUUUCAACAUAAAAAAUCAUAGGGUUUUACCAGAACUUGGUGAAUUUUGGAGGAGGAGGAGUUCAGCGCUGAAUGAUCAUUGCAUGAAAGAGAGAAACAGUUGCUUUGGAUUGCGCGUCGAUUCCGUUUCCAUGGGGGCUGAGCUCGUCCGUGCGAGAGCGAGUGUUCAGAGUGCAUUUCGGUCCUCAGUCAAAGCCAGAUCAGUCAAGGCUCAAGCUUCUGAAGGAGAUAUUGAGGAUGUUGCUCCUGCCAAAGUUCAGGAGAAAUCAUCUGCAUCAGUUCUGCCAUAUGUUGGUGUUGCUUGUUUGGGAGCCAUUUUAUUUGGAUAUCAUCUGGGGGUGGUUAAUGGUGCCCUAGAGUAUCUUUCCAAGGAUCUUGGGAUUGCUGAAAACACUGUUUUGCAAGGAUGGAUUGUUAGCACACUUCUUGCUGGCGCCACUGUUGGUUCAUUUACGGGAGGAGCAUUGGCUGACAAAUUUGGCCGGACAAAGACUUUUAUACUGGAUGCAAUCCCACUUGCAGUUGGAGCAUAUCUCUGUGCCACAACCCAGAGUGUACAGACAAUGAUAAUUGGUCGUUUACUAGCUGGCAUUGGAAUUGGCAUCUCAUCUGCUAUUGUGCCACUUUACAUUUCCGAGAUAUCACCAACCGAGAUUCGGGGUACACUUGGAUCUGUCAACCAACUAUUCAUCUGUGUUGGGAUUCUUGCAGCAUUGGUGGCUGGAUUGCCUUUAGCUGGAAAUCCUUUGUGGUGGAGAACAAUGUUUGCUGUUGCUGUUGUUCCUUCUAUACUUUUGGCACUUGGAAUGGCAUUUUCUCCAGAAAGCCCUCGGUGGCUCUAUCAGCAAGGGAAAAUCUCUCAAGCUGAAACAGCUAUUAAAAGGCUAUUUGGAAAAGAAAGAGUUGCUGAAGUUAUGAAUGAUCUAAAUGCUGCAGCUCAAGGUUCUUCAGAACAAGAAGCUGGGUGGUUUGAUCUUUUCAGUAGCCGGUAUAAUAAAGUUGUCAGUGUUGGUGCAUCACUUUUCUUGUUCCAACAGUUGGCUGGAAUAAAUGCUGUGGUAUACUAUUCUACUUCUGUGUUUCGUAGUGCUGGAAUUACAUCUGAUGUUGCCGCCAGUGCUCUGGUUGGGGCGUCAAAUGUUUUUGGUACAACUGUGGCAUCCUCUUUAAUGGAUAAGCAGGGAAGGAAAAGUCUUCUGAUUACAAGCUUUGCUGGAAUGGCUGCUUCAAUGUUGUUACUUUCGCUGUCUUUCACCUGGAAGGCCCUGGCACCAUAUUCUGGCACACUAGCUGUUCUGGGGACUGUCCUUUAUGUAUUGUCCUUUUCGCUUGGUGCUGGUCCUGUGCCUGCUCUUCUACUUCCAGAGAUAUUUGCCUCUAGAAUUAGAGCAAAAGCAGUUGCCUUAUCACUAGGGAUGCAUUGGAUAUCUAAUUUCGUCAUCGGCCUGUAUUUUUUGAGCGUUGUAAAUAAGUUUGGUAUCAGUACAGUGUACCUUGGAUUUGCGGCUGUCUGUCUUCUUGCCGUCUUGUAUAUAGCUGGUAAUGUUGUGGAAACAAAGGGAAGAUCACUCGAGGAAAUAGAACGUGCCCUUAACCCAGCAAUUUAAGCAGGAUACUUAUAAGUGUGUCAUGAAAAUAAGAUCUGUUUCUACAGCUCACUGAUCUCGACCUUAGGAACUGCUCUCCUGCUGUACCCCUAUAUUAUGCUGAGAAAAGGACUUGGGAAAACUUUGUUACCCACCAUUUUGCUGUCCUUCAUUUGAGCGUUUGAUCUGAAAUGUGACUAGUGUUAGGGAAGUGUUUAGACAUUGUGACAUGUUGGAUUGGGCAAUGUGGCUCUGUUAUAUGAGUUAAGAUUUGUGAUUCGGUUCUUUAAUUGUAUUAUAAUCUUGUGUGAACUCAGAUUGCCGAACAUUACUUCUUAUGAUGCUAUAUGUCGGAUCCUAGUUGUGGUAGGCUUGAG